AUGGCCCCAUUCCACCCUGCAACCAGCGGUCAAGCGGAGCGUUUUGUUCAGAGUUUCAAACAUGCUAUGAAAUGCGAGAAACAAAGUGCAUCCCAGCUGAAAACCAAUAUGCCAAAGUUCCUUUUGGCUUACCGGAAUACCCCGCAUUCGACAACUGGAGAAUCACCAUCCGUGUUGUUUUUGGGCAGACCUCUACGGACUCGCCUCGAUUUGGUGAAACCUGAUUUACAAAGGAAAGUGAUGAACAGGCAAAUCGAUCAAGCGGGGAGGAAAGGACAUUCCCCCACACGUCAGUUAUCCAUUGGUCAGACUGUCAUGGCACGUAACUAUAGUGGGAAAGACAAGUGGCUACCAGGCAUAGUUCGAGCUCAAACGGGACCCCUUUCGUACGAAAUAAAAGUUGGUCCAAAUCGAAUUUGGCGACGUCACAUCGACCAGCUUCGAGCCUCGAGUGUGAAAGUAAAUGACCGGAGUGAUGAUACGGCUGAACCUCAUCCAGAGCUUGGAGAGACUGGCCAGGAUAUUGCACCAGCAGAAGAAAUUGUCGCAGAGCCGGAUAUCGAACUAGACACGAAUCCACCAGUAGUGCAACAACAAGAAGCCGGUAGGGCUACAACAGGAUCUGAACAACGCUACCCAACUAGAUCACACCAACCACCCGAGAGGUGGGGUCUUAACUGUUUGAUCCGAAAACUGUUUAAGAAAACUACAUAGAGAACUGCUUUAUUACUUACUGUUAUGGUUAGCAUAAUUAUUCGAACACGAUAGUGAACUCAUGAACAAUAUUUUAUGAUACAUUCCUUAAGAGGAGAGAUGGUGUUAGAUAUAUAGAUAUAGACGGACAGCAGUCAUACGCACGGACAUGCGCAUUAGAUAUGUAGGUCGGCCAUGCUUAUGUAUUAUUCAUAUUUUGUUAAAAGUAUAAUCUAAAUACACGACAAUAAUGAUUGGGCGAAAUAAAUAAAUAAUAAAUCUUCUAGGAUAAAACAAUCGUCACUCUAAGAAAGCCGCCACCUUUGUUUUACGGCCUGUUCGCGGGCAUACAGCCCUAAUUAGUCGACCUGAGUGUUUAACGCACACACGCAGGCACGCACGCACGCACGCACGCACGCAAACAAGCACGCACGCACGCACGCACGCACACGCAAACUGACUGAGCAUGCGCGAAAACUGCUCGGGUUUUCAGCGGACUUGGUUGAUUUCAAAAACAAAAACAACAUGAACGAAGCCUUCGAACGACAAUUUAGCAGCGGCUGUUUAGGCCCACAAAUCACGACAAAAAUUGGAUUCACUGACAAAACAUGCAUGUUGCAGUAAUACUUUAAUUUCCUAUAUUGCCACAUAUUUUACAAUGUAAACUAUUAAUAUCGAUUAUUUCAGUGCAAAACAAAACAGAGCAAAAAAUUUCCUUGUAAAAUGUCGUCUGAUAGCUUGAAUAAAAUGUGAAAUUCAAACCAAAAAUACUAAAACUUCUUCAUUUUUUACAAAGUCAAGAAAUUUAAUACCGACUUAAAAAUGCUUUGAAAUUUAAUGUAAAACAGCGAUAUUUCGUUGGCACAACCUGUAACAUGACAAAAUUCGUGUUUAUAGGAUUUUGAACGAGCGAAAAUUGUGUUUAAACAUAAUACAAAGUUUGCGCUUCGAAAUGAGGGUCAUAGAAAAAUCUGAUUGCUACUGUAUGUUUAUAUGUUUUUCCAAUACUUUGAAACCUAAAAUAAUAUUUUAAAACUAUUAUAGCAAAAUACGGGGCAAAAUGUUCAUUCUGAUGCUCAUUUUCUGAGUCGCCUUUUUCGUAUAAAUCACACUUGCACAUGAAAGUUGCCAAAAUUCAGUACUUUCCCCAUUUUUUAGGCGAUUAUACAUUCUAUUAACAAAAACUUGAAAGAAAAGCACAUCUUCUGACCUAAUCACAGAGCCUGAAAUAACGGCCGGCGGCCGGCGGUUUUCCGACCAAAUUCCAGUUUUUCCGACCAAAUGCUGAAAUGAUCGGAACUUUCGUCCGGACAAAUGUUGAAAAAAAAAAAAUGAUAAUCUGGGUUUUUUUAAUUAUCAGGUCGGCGCUCAGCACAGUCUUAUAUAGAGUAAUCAACUGGAAAGUUAUGAAAGUUUCUUCGAUCAGAGUAUGCUUUAAACAAAGUUUAGUUAACUUAAAUGUGUCACAGUGCAUGAGUUACGAGUCAGAGUGACUGCUUUCAUUGUUGUUAAUUUGACGACCUGGAAGGUAAAGAAUGCGUUUCCUCGACGUUUCGAGCAAAGGUACUUCAUCAGGACAGUUAAAUAGGCUGUUUAUUACAAGUAGAGUGAUUUACUGCAUGCUUGACAGAAUUUACUCAACGGAGGGGAUCAAACUAAACUAAAAAAUUUCCGACCAAAUUUGAAAAUUUCCGGUCAAAUUUAAUUUUGCUUCGAAGUUUUGCCGGACAAAUUUAAAAAUUAUUUCAGGCUCUGUAAUCACAUUUCAUUGGCACAACUUGUAUAUAUGAGAAAAUUAAGGUGAAAAACAAGCAAUUUUAGCAAAAUACUUCACAUACUGAAAUUUGACGAUGAUCGUUGGCGCACAGUAUCACUCAAAAACCAAAUAUUUAUAUUUGUCCAGGACAACAAACGCCAAAUUUCAAGUAAUAUUCCAUCAAUAUUAAGUUCAUACUCGAGGUUAUUUGCCAUAGAAAACACACAUUUUGCAAGAAACGUCAUUUUCGGCCAUGUUUCAGCGAAGAAUUCUUAACUGCUAAUUUCACGAUUGCGACGAGUAAUUGUAUUCUUGAUUAACGUUUAUUAACGUCUGCUAGCUUUCUUUUGUUUUCCCUCUGCUGCAGUGCGAGAAACAGGGUAGCGAAAUCUGUGUUUUUGUUGUUUUCAUCUCGGUUUUCACAAUUCUUGCUGGCAAAAAGAAAGCGGCCGCGAUAAAUUUGGUCAGCGACGACAAUUUUCCCACCUGUUCGAUGGCAUAGUAUCCAGCGCUACGCGCAGAUACAAAAACCGGAAAAGGGUCUGGGGCGACAGCCGUGUGACGUAGCUUAAGGGACGGAAGUUCGAAUUCAUAUGUGAAGGAGUACUAAAAAGCUAUUGGGAAGACAUAUGUUUUCCAGCACUCAUGGUUCUCAAUGUCACUCAGAAUACAAUUAUAUUCCCGGGUAUAUUAUAGAGGAUGAAUCAAAUGAUACUAGUCACGAAAUUGGAACUCUAUAAGCAGUUGAUAGCGAAAUUUUAGGCGAUUAUGAUGCAUGCCUUUAUGCCGAUGAACCGCUAGCGAGUGAAGAAUGCUACGCGGCAGUACGCGCGUUAUCUAAAAAAUGUGCGGAACACAAGGAACAAAACGAGAUGCUACAGCGAAGAUAGACGGCCUUGAAUAUGUUAAAUUAUGGUGUGUGUAAACAUAGAUUUAUUUUAAUAUUUAACGUAAAGUAAGUAUCUGUGGCUGAUAUAUUUUGCGGGAUACGAGCUCAUACGGCAUCAGUCACAUCAAAGAGUUAAAACCACACUUCCCCCAACCUUCGCAAGAAAAUAAAAGACACGCGAUCAAAGCAGGGGCGCCGGAAGGACUGAAAAGCGGCGUGGGCAGAAUCUUGAAAAAGGCACUUUUCUUUUUUGCUUCUAGAGUCUUUGAAAUGCCAUUUCAUGCGUUUUGGGCUGAGAUUUGACAUAAUUUUGAGUAUUAAUAAACGCAACGUAAAAUACAAAAAAACAGUGAAAAUUUUAAGCUAGUAUAUUGGUGGAAUAUUUUGGUAGCUGAUGAUUUCUGAGAAGAUCUAAAUCCAAACUGAUUGUCACUUAAUAUUUUAAAUUUCUCCAGGUAUUCUAUUAGCCUAUUAUACAUAAGUUUUUCAAGAAUUUUAUAAAAAAUAGAAAGAAGUGAAAUUUGUCUGAAAUUGCACAUAUCCAAAUGAGAACCAUUUUUAUAAAUAGGAAUGACCCUCCUGACUUUUAAUUUGUCUGGUACAACUCCUGUUUCAAAUGAACAAUUAAACAGAAUAUUCAGAGGGACGCGCUGAGAAGUGAUUUUAAGCAUACAAUUAAUUUAGUGGGAAUACUGUAUGGGCCAGUAACUUUAUUCGGAUUUAAAUUACCAAUUAUUUGUUCAAUUUCCACUGAAUUAGUGGGAUUCAGAUAAAAACUGUUCAAUUGUGGAUUACGUGCACUGGACAAGAAAUUAUGAAAUGACGUAUUCACGGUAGGAAUGUUCGCUGCCAAAUUUGGACCAACAGUAGAAAAAUAGUUGUUAAAUGCAUUAGCUAUAGUUUUUGGGUCUGUUAGUAAUGUAUUAUUCACUUUUAUUUUACUAGGCCCAAACGAUUUAGUUGGUUUUAUUGUUACAAGUUGCUUAAUGCCUUUCCAUGUUUCUUUAAUAUUAUUAAGAUUCUUAGUAAAAUAAUCAUUAAAAUAUAACUUUUUACUUACAAUUAUUAAAUGUUUUAAUUUAUUUCUAUAUAUCUUAUAUUUGCCAUGGUUAUAUUCACAUUUGUGCUUUAAAUAGAUUUUAAAUAAUUCAUUUUUUGUCUUAAUUGAUUUACGGAUAGCAGUUGUAAUCCAGGGUUUUGCCAUAAAUUUAACUUCACUUUUUGUCAAUUUUUUGGGGGGAGCAUGUCUAUCAAUAGUAGUAGAACUACAGGAGUAGAAAGAAUUAAAAAUUUCAUUAGCAUUUCCAGCUGGCAGUUCAUUUUCCCACCUUAUGGACUGUACUUCCUCUAUAAGAUCUUUUUCAUUCAUAUUUGAAUAAUCUCUUUUAAAUACCUUACAUUUCUUUGGUACAAAAGGUGUUUUAUCCAAGAUAAGAAAGUUUGGAAGAUGAUCAGUAAUAUCAUGAAUUACAACUUGAUGAUGUUCCAUAUCAUUCAGAAAUAUAUUAUCAAUUAAAGUUGCAGAAUGUUCAGUAAUUCUAGUUGGCUGCAAGAUGCAGGGCAAAAAAUUAUAUGAACUUAAGGUAUUAAUAUACUCUUCAGUAUAUGAACAUGUAUCACUGUUCAGCAAAUCAAUAUUAAAAUCGCCCAUAAAUAUGCAAUACUUAUUUUCUCUGGAGACUUUAUCAACAAUAUGAGACAAAAAGUUAGUAAAUAGUUCAUGAUUACUUCUAGGAUGCCUACACAAGAUUCCACAAAUAAUAUUUUUAUGUGGGCCACAGUCAAUUUCUAUCCAUAGAGAUUCAUACUCGAUGGUUGCCGAAGUAAAAUCAUCCCUAAUAAUAUAUUUAAUAUUUUCAUUAAUGUAAAAUCCCACACCGCCAGCAUUAGUUAGUGAGGGUAAGGAUACUAAUUCGUAUCCUGAAAUAGAAUUAUAACUGACUUGGUCCACAUCCUUUUUUAUCUUAGUCUCAGACAAGCCGAUAAUACUAAAAUCGUCUAUGCCGAUAAUACUAAGUAAUAGUGCCGAUAAUAAUAUGUCAAGCCGAUAAUACUAAAAUCGUCUAUGGUGGCAACCUUGGUGGUAUCAGCAACCUUGGUGAUACAACAAGCAUCGUUGACCGUAUGGCCAUGAUUUAAUUAAUCAGUGUCGCAUAGUGCAGAAAUUUCUCUCUGCGGUUGCUGACCCUAGUGGUACAGUAGUCAGUAUGGUAAAGACACAAUAACUUGUGGGUUUCUGGAAGGGUUUCUUUUGAACUUUGUUUCUCGUUCAAGACAUCACAAAUAGUGGAAACCUUAGUAAUCUUCUUUAGGGGAACUGCAUGUUGCCUCCUAAUUGUACAGCUUGAUGUGGACAGAAACCUGUUCCAGCUCGUUAUUUAGCUUUUCUAUGUCGAUUACGUCUGUAGCUAUAGCACCAACGCUGUCGAAAGGUUCAUCAUUGGUAAGGUCUUCCUUAUUUGCGUUAAGUGGUCAGUUGUAGGUCACAAAUAUUAUACAAGUCAAAACAGAAACAGUGCAAAAUGUUGUUAAUUAAACAUACUGGCACAAUAUAUAAUAUCCCAACGAAAAAAGCGAGUCAACUAACUAUCACGGUUCAGUGCUUCUUAUAUAUAAUAGAGGCAAGGAAGUUAAACAAACUAAAAACUGAUCUUAAUAAGGUUGCGUAUCUUGAGUGGAAAGUCAGAAGAAGCUGGAAUGCUCUAAAACAAUCUAGAGCAAGGAAGACUUAUCGCGCCGAAUGCGUUAUUGUAGUGCCACCCUGCCAGAGUCUAAAUGAACCAUGAAAUGAACGUGGUCAUAAUAUAUACUUAUACAUAUGACGGCCAGUCAAGAAUAAUAACUUAUUAGUUAAUGAUGUUAAUCCUUCUUGUCACAAAAAGGCGCAACUGCCAGUUGCCCCCGCACUGCCCCCGCACAGUUUGGGCAGCGGGGACUGCUGCCCCCGCUGCCCCGUGGCUCCGACGCCCCUGGAUCAAAGAAAAUAUAUUCAGAGCAAAUUACGUAUGUAUUCUUGUUUGAAGCUACAGUGUUUAUCUGUAAUCACGUUUAUUUAAUACGAACGAUUGAACGAUUGUAUUUUCUCGCAAGUUUUCUUAGAGCCCAUUUUUCCAAACAAAUAGGUCUGAAUCCCGAGUGUAGAGUGAUACAGCACGGCGGCUGUGGCACAUCUUCUAAAACCUGCAGAACUUCCCCACAAGAUUCCAUCUCCUGACAGCACCAAGCUUCGUGUGUAUAUUGUAUAUGUAUUAUCACACAAUCGCCGCAUUUACACUUGUGAAAUAUGAUACAGGUGAGGGAAGUGUGGUUUGAGUGGUUUGAUGUGACUGAUGCCGUAUCAAGAUACGAGAGAUACUUAUUACACUGGCCUGUAGGCCAAGUGUCUUAAAGGGGCAAUGUCACCGAUUUUUGAGCAAUUCUAACCCUCGCAAAUUUUUCCCAAAACUGAAAAAGAAUGAGUGUAAGCACAAAAUGAAGCAAUAACAGACACAAAAAACAUGUACAGAGGUCUGGAUGGGCAAGAUUACGCCAGGAUUGAGAUGGAUUGUAAAUGGCAUCUUGAUUAAUUGUUGGCGGACACUUUUUCAAGUUUAGGUCAAUUUUUAUGAAAAUGUCAUGUUACAUGUUGCGUGGAAGUUCAAAGUUGUUUAAUAUGACUCAUAUAUCAUAACUUAAUCCAUUUACAAUGUUUAUUUUUAACUUUGUAGUUCAGUUUUUGAAUAAAAGGCAUUUUAGGUCAAAAAUCGGUGGCAUUGCCCCUUUAAAUCCCUCUUUUUCUGUUUUUUUCGUAGUCGAGAAAUCGAGUUUGCGUUAGCUCGCGCAGGCUCAGGGCAGAGGAGGUUGGACAGCCAAUUAGGCGAACAUCUCGACCAAUCAGAUUGCGCCAUUUUCCUCAUGCUCGCACGAAGCUUUUGGCAUCGAAAAUUUACAUAGGGCUCAUAAAUAUGGAUUUUUUUCAUAUUGUUAUGCAACUUUUUUGGGAAAUUUCACGCGAUACUACUUUUACAACAGUCAAUCUACCCACUGGAACGGUAUCUUAAAAGGUAAGCGUCAUUUUCCAGUUUAUUUUGACCUCCCACUUAGGCGGUAUGCCGUCGCGAUGUAAUUUAAUGGCGUUUCUGUCAACAAUCUUUGAAGACAAAAAUCUCAAAUCUCCAUGGUUCGAUUUCGCUAUUUUUUUCACGAUUAGUUAAAUAAAAGUAUAAUCUUUAAUUCUAUCUAGCCGGCCCCCCUCGGCCACUCAACCGUUUUCGAGAUAUUCACCGUUGAAUAUAGCCCUUUGUAAAAUAUGCUGCCUUGUCACUCAGAUCAAUAAUGAACUGCUAUUACUAGCUUUUUUCUAAAGAAAUUUGAUAUACUACAGAAGUCUCGAUAUAUUAUGGAUUUAUAUGUAUUGUUUAAAGUAU